AUGGCCGAGGUUGGGUUCGCAGCUUCAUUAGUAGGCACUGCAAGCUUCGGUAUUCAACCGACUUCGACGCUUUACACGUUCGGAGCAACCACUGCGUCUGCCAAGGAACAGACCGACUACAUCGCCCGCCAUGCGACGCUCUACGCUGAUGUGUUGGAGCUACUUGCGCAACGUAUCAAUGACGACGAACCGAUCCACUCGCAAAAGGCCUUCAAGCUCGUCGAUGAGAUCUACAAUCAAUCUUGCGAUCUGUUCGCCGGAAUUGAGAAUCUGCUGCCCGAAAAGAAAGAUAGUAUUAGCUUUAUACAAAGGAUGGAGUGGAAUUUCAAGAAAAUAAAGGUUGACCUCCUCGCUGCCGAGGUCGAGUAUCUGAAGACCACAAUGAACCUCUUGGUGAGUGUUCUGUAUGCGGACAAGAAGAUUCGGGCGCAUAGACGCAAGAGAACAUCAAAACAGGCCAAAGCAGAUGCAGCAACUCAGUUUGCAAGAGCGCAAAAUGCUAUUGUGGAGUUGGUGAACGCCACUGUCACAAAGGCGCACCUACAAUCGAAAGUCGAGGAAGAGGAGCAAGACUCGUCUAACGAGGUCGGAACCAGAAGCCACCCGCCAGGCUCCUCAGCGCUCCUCAGGCUCGGUGAACACAUUGAGACAAUUUCCAACAACCUCGCUAUUACCCAGCUCAAAGAGUCAAUUGAGCAGGCGAAGACUGUUUCAGAGGAGCGGGCUCUCGUGAUUCGCAACUCUGUCAGUUUGUUGGAGGACCUACUGAAUCAACGGACAACUCUCGCAGAAGACAGCGCGGACCACAAGGAAAACAAAGUCAAGCUCGAAAGCAACUCGACGGGGGAAAAGACCUUUGGCAAAGGCAUAAAUACCGCAAAUGAAGCUACAAAUUCUGAGGACUUUCCGACGCCACAGGCAUCGCCAAUCACUCAAGACGAGGACGCCAUAGCGAGAAUGUACAUGGUCUCGCAAAGAAGAGUGAAAGAGCUUGGAGAUGAAUUGACGAGAAUGAAGGAUGCGGCGACAGCGCCAGGUUCGAAGAAGGACGAGAGCAAGACUUUAUAUGGUCGAUGCCCUGCGAUGAUGCGGGACUUUCCAUUCCGUCCGCCUUCACCCACGAUUCGAAGGACCGAAUCGGCCUGA